AUGGAGCGUCAGAACAGUUUGCAAACGGACGGGCACAGCAGCGACCGCCAGGGAAGAUCUUCUCAAACUCCCAUGUGGAAGGCCGUACUGGUGGGAGAGGAGGGAGUGGGCAAGACCAGCCUUUUCCAGCGUCUCUACAGGAACAGGUUCGUAGAACAUUUCCGGAGCACAAUCGGAAUGGACCAGGGCGAAUUGACGGUGACGCAUGAAGCCAGUGGAAAAGUGUGCCGAUUUAGCCUAUGGGAUACAGCUGGAUCUGAACGUCACGCUAGCAUUACACUGUCCUACUAUCGCAACAGUGUCGUUGUGCUGCUUGUGUUCUCCUUGGAUUCACAGCUUAGUUUACCGAAACUGAGGAACUGGGUGGCCGACGCCAAGAUGUUCUCACCACCGCUUGCCUGUUUCUAA